CUCAUCCACAAUUUUAGCAUGAAUUAAACAUUAAGACUGCGAGUGAUACUCUUGAACUCUCCAUACCUUUACAUUAAGCAAAACUAUUCACACAAAGGUGUGACUAAACAAAUGUUUGUAACCAAAUUUGAUCUGUGAUUCAAAGCCAAUGUAAAGUGGAUGAGAUAGGGGUGAUGUGGUGAAAUCUUCAGGUUGUAGGACUCUUAACAUCAACUAACAAAACCACAAACUAUUUUUUUUUCUGCAUUGUGAAAAGACAUCGUAUUUCUUAUAUUUGUGAUAUGAGAUGAUUCUCAGCAAGCAUAUCCUGAAUGUCCUGGCCCAUACCACAGAGGAAGAACCGGAGAAAAUUUUGUGCAUACACUAUUACGCAUGCUGUAAUGCAGAUAUGAGCAGUACUGCUGUGCUACAAGGUUUUCCAGGAUCUUGAAGAUAAAAGUGACCACGUGUUUAUCCAUGAUGAAGAGACUUUUUCUCAUCCUUUAUCUCAAUGGUCUUAUACUAAUCGACGAUCCGUCCCGCAAGAGAUUUCACGCAAUUAUUACCUGAUCCUGAUGAAGAAGUCGUGGUCUGAUGCACAGAAUUACUGCAGGAUGAUGUACACUGACCUGGCAAUAGUCAUCAAUGAUGUCGAUUUAUUACAAAUUAAGAAAGAGGCAGUAAGACAAAAACUGGCCAACAAUGCCUGGAUCGGAUUGUACGAUGAUGUCAAUAGUUGGCGCUGGUCCUUAAAUGACAUCCUGCUAAAGAACAGCAUUUUUAUGAAGUGGAAACCGGGAGAGCCGAAUAAUAACGCUGGGCAAGAAUCGUGUUGUGUAAUAAUGAAUACAACUGGAUACUGGUCUGAUAAACCGUGUUCACGACUUAAGCCUUUCAUAUGCUAUGACGAUAAUCUCAGUGGUGCUGACAGGUUUAUCGGUGUGGCUAGUCCUCUGCUAAACUGGACUGAAGCUCAGACUUACUGCCGAACACAUCACACAGACCUCCCCAGCUCUCUUAACAGCUCAGAUAAUGACUUCAUAACACAGGUGAUAAAUAUCCAGGGGGAAUCCUGGUUUGGGCUGUACAGAGAGACGUGGAAGUGGUUAAACAGCACCAACACUUUAAACCUCCCAUGGAAUUCUGCACAACCCAAUAAUUUGCAUGGCUCAGAUAACUGUGGAGCAUUCUAUAAAGGGCUGUACGUUGAUGAACUGUGCACUUCUCAGUACUAUUUCUUCUGUUACACCAAUUCCCCCGUGAGAAAACAGGUACUGAGGCUGCAGGUGAAGUCUGAUGGAAGUGUGUUUGAUCCUGCUGUGCAGUCGUCCAUUUCAGAGCAGAUGAAAAAGAAACUGGAGGAACAUGUCAUGUUCAAGAACAUCACACUGUCCUGGAAGUUGCAACCAGAUGGGAAUAUCUUCUAUAAGAAAAACAAGCAUGGCCUGUAAUGCCUAAAUGUUGAACAUGUACAAUGAACAUAGUUUACUGUUACAUGUUUACUGUUGUAGUAAAUCAAUUAUGUAGUAAUUUAUCAAUCAUUUAUAUCUUAUUUAUGAAAAUUAUGAUGCAACUCAACAACCUGUGCCCAUUUAAACAUGUAAAAUAUAAUAUACUUUCCACU